AUGGACUUCUACCGCCUGAUGGCCAAGUCGCGCAACCAGAAAGCCAAAUCCGACGACGAGACCGUUCGAACCAUGUCGCUGACCUUUGAUACUAGACCGAAAACCGCCGCUGAUAACGCCGAUAUAGACAAGAUUUUUGGUUUUUCUGGAAAGAACAAGUCAGACAAGUCCUCCAGAAGAGACGUUUCCUAUAGAAGCAUACAGAGGAACAUCGCUGGAGUGAUGGUGCCAAAACGCCCUAUAGAGCCGGAUAACUGUUGUAUGAGUGGCUGCGUGAACUGUGUUUGGGAGCUCUACGGAGAGGACCUGGAGGAAUGGAAACAGCUCACGAAGCUGGCCGCGCAAAAGCUCAUGGAGCAGGGUGACGACGUGAGGGAAAAGUGGCCAGUAGGCUUCGAUCCACCGCCCGACUAUCUGCCUGCCAAAUACAUUCCGGAAGAACUCAUGAGAAAGAACGUGAGGCAGGAGAAGCAGGUGGAAAUGCCGCUGGGGCUACAAGUUUUCACGCAGCUGGAAAAGAAGCUGAAAUCGAAACACCGGCAGCAGUCCGAUUCCAGGGUAGCGGCGCAAGCAUAG